UUCAUAAAAUUAUAUAAUAUUAUAACACCCUGUUUAAAAUGUCAAAAUAUGCCAUAAGCUGAAUGCUCUAAAAUCCACAGUCAAAGAAAAAGAGAACACAACAAAAGCGAUUGCCUGACAGUUUUCAAAACCUCUGUGUUUUUAUUAAAAUUAGGCAGUUCUUUGUAACAUGUCCAGCGCUGGCAAUGAAAAAAUUAUAACAAACUCUGCGAUGAAAACAACACUACCUGGCGGAGCAACAAUGCUCAACGGAUUAAAUGCAAUACCGAAAUUAUCUUCACUGAAACCAGCCAGAGAUUUAACAUUGGGUGGACGAGGAACCGCUGGUGUCACCAAGAAAGUGUUUACUCCAAAUUUAAAUGUAGUGCGAAAUAAAAAUACUAAUGUUAAAACAUCGAAAGACACCACAGCACGUGGUCGCAAUCGUGGCCGACCAGAACGUGGAGUACGUGGUGGUAUCGGGCGUGGUGCACGUGGUGGUAGCUUAAAUUAUAUACAGACAGCUGGUUUAUUUUCGGAAGGAGCUGGCGAGGUAAAUAUACGUAAAGCAUCCUAUAGUCGAAAUACGGAUGAUGCGCCUUCGACAAUGCGUAAACCAACAGUCGUGAAAAACGAAAGUAAAAAUAUUGACAUAAAAUUGGACGCGGCGCAAGUGAGCGAAUUGCUUGGCGAUUCCGAUGACGAUGACUUUCUAUUGAAUAAGACUGAAAUGGGACUGUUUCCUGUGAAAUUAAAUGAAUUAAAGUGGAAGUGUGUAAAACCUGAAAUUAAAUUGGAAUUUCCAAUUCCAAAUGCUGAUGUAAUAAAACUGGAGGAUGACGUUACGCGAGAUAUUCAAAAUUUACAUUUACCUCAGAAGAAACAACAAAACACUUCGGGUGAUGCUCGACAACCACACACGGUAGCUGAACUGCUAGCAUCAGAAAAAGCACCAAUUUUUAUUAUGCAGUUUCCUGAUGCAUUACCUUUUGGAGUUGAUGGUUCCGAUUCUCCAGAGAAGGAUAAUGAGGAACCAGCGAAAGUAUCAACAUCUGACACACCUGCCAGCAAAACAAACAAAACUUCGAUUUACUCAUUAAAAAAUAAGCCUGAAGGAAAAAUAGGAAAAUUAGUUCGAUAUAAAUCGGGCAAAACGAAACUAGUCUUAGGUGAUUCACAUUUCGAUGUAGAAAUGGGCAUUAAUACAGGAUUCCAACAAUAUUUAAUGUCCAUUGAAACAAAUCGAGAAGAACGUAGUGGUAAUAUGAUUAAUUUGGGUCCAUUAAUGGGUCAAUUAACAGUUAUACCAGAUUGGGAAUACUUUCUGAAAAAAGAAGAGGAACAGAAUAGAAAAAGAAAUGAUGAAACAUAGUAUAGUAUAAUAUGAAAU